AUGGCAUUGAUACCACAGGCAAGAUCACACCCGUCGUCUGACAGCUUCCCCACUGCACAGCUUUUCCUCCUAGCAAUAUGCCGGGUUGCAGAGCCCAUUGCCUUGACCUCUAUCUUCCCCUACUCGUGGGUGAUGGUCAAGGACUUCCACAUGGAUAAUGGUAACAAUGCCUCCUUCUAUGCCGGCAUUCUGAUUUCGGCAUUCUCACUCGCAGAGGCUCUGACCGGUUUGUUCUGGGGCGCUCUUUCAGACCGCCUGGGCCGGAAGCCUAUUCUCAUAUCUGGCUGCGUUGGAACGAUGGUCUCUUUAAUCUUGGUGGGGAUGGCCCCAAACUUCUGGGUCGCACUUGCCGGUCGAGCUAUUGGUGGAGCCCUGAAUGGAAAUAUUGGAGUAAUUCAAACAAUGGUUGGUGAGCUUGUUAAGCGACCUGAACAUGAACCUCGCGCAUAUGCCAUCAUGCCUUUUGUUUGGUCCAUUGGAACGAUAAUCGGCCCAGCCAUUGGAGGGUUGCUAGCAAAGCCCGCUGAAGGGUUUCCCUCGCUAUUUCCAGCCGAUGGCCUCUUUGGGAAAUUCCCUUACCUUUUGCCCAACCUCGUUUGUUGUGUCUUACUUCUCCUCAGCAUCGUCGGUAGCUGGCUGUUUUUGCAAGAAACUCACCCAAAUAUUCAAUCAGGCGAGGUUCAUGGAUAUUUUGAUAAUACAGUUGAGCAGCCGCUUCUGGUUACAUCUGGCGCAACUGCCAAUGCUGGCGUAGAUCUGCGAGCGGAGUCUUACGGGACCUUCAAUCGGGUUCAUCUGCAUAAUGAGGAGAAUUGGGAUGUGCAAGCCGAUGGCUUCUCGCCCACGUGGAAGAAGUCACGAAAGCCGAAAGCUUUUACUUGGCGAGUCACCAUGCUGAUAAUCGCGUUGGCUAUCUUUACUUAUCACUCGAUGACCUAUGACCAUCUCUUGCCCAUUUUCCUGCAGGACAAGGACCCUCGAGGGUUACCACAUUCGCAUCACUCGCCCUUUGACAUUCCAGGCGGAGUCGGACUUUCGACUCGAGCUGUGGGCGUGAUCAUGUCCACCGACGGUAUUAUCGCCCUCGUGAUCCAAAGCAUCAUAUUCCCCAUGCUGGCACAUUAUCUAGGCAUCUGGCGGCUCUUUAUCAUCGUUACCGUGCUUCAUCCAGUCGCAUACGUCAUGGUUCCCUUUCUGAUCUUCUUGCCAGCCCAGCUCAUUUAUGUUGGUAUUUACGUUUGUUUGAUGGUUCGCAAUAUCCUGUCCAUUAUCGACUACCCUAUCCUUCUGAUCCUCAUCAAGCAGGCUAGCCCCUCAGACUCCGUCAUGGGCAAAAUCAAUGGCCUUGCUGCUUCGGCUGGGGCUGCAUCUCGCACUCUCGCUCCUCCAAUCGCUGGCUUUCUUUACAGUUUUGGGGUUGAAGUUGGCUGCACUGGUGUUGCCUGGUGGGGGAGUAGUCUUGUUGCAUUAGUCGGUGCUUUACAGCUGUGGUAUAUCCAGCGCGACAGGCGUUCAUCAGCAAUCGUGGAGCCAGCGGCUGUGUGUCAUCAUGUUGCUCUUCCAGAUCAGCCACACGAGGAAAUCGUUCAUCUAAUUGUCGAUAGAGAUGAUGCGCGUACAUAA